GCAGCGAAAAUCGAUGAAUUAAAAAUCUUGUUAAUAUUCAUUUGGCUAUAAUAUUUGCUGGAAUAGCAGGAACAUACAUGUUUAAAACCGAAUUAUGCCAGAAUUCAAAACUUAGAAAAUAAUCGAAUUUACAUAUAUAUGACAAACGUAUCUAUUUAUAUUUAAAAUACUAGGAAAGGCCAUUACAAGAAUUUGUUUAAAAUCGUUAUUUCCUGGAAUAUACAACAUACAAGUUUGAAAUUGAUAAGACAAAAGGAAUUAUUUUAUGCGAUUUUUGAAAAAUUAGAAGACUCGGGAAAAAAUGGAAGGUGUAUUACAUUAUAUAAGCAGGCAAAUUAAUAUAUCUCAUAAUGAAAAAAGAUUGUAUAAUCAACAUUUUCAAAAUUUUAUAUACGAAUUUAUUGAGGAUAUGAUGGACAUUGAUGAACUUUUUGCAUACAUGUAUAGAAAAAUAGCCUUUGUUGGAAGUUACUGGGAAGGUGCAAAAAUUGAUAAACCCGAUGAAUUUGAUCUAAACAUAGUAUUAAAAUUACCUGUAAAAUGUGAGGAAAUCGAAAUAAAAAAUGCUGGACAAUCUGGUUUUUUAACAGUGAAAAUUGAUCGUAACUCGAUUAAAAAACUACCAAAACAAAAGAUGUUUAAGGUAAUGCAAGAUUGGUUUGAUGAUAAAAAUUUUUUUUUACCUGAUAAAUUUCGUAAUUGGAUGUAUUCGGUUGUGCAAAAAACUUUCAACGAAAUAGGCUAUGAUCUUUGCUUAGAUUAUAAUGUUCAAGUUAAAACAAACGGACCUGCAAUUACAUUAUUUGUUGGGGGAAAAUACCCUUUUUCUAUUGAUAUCGUUCCAGUUAUACAAAUGCCAAAUUCAAGGUGGCCAGAACCACCGUUUCGCCCAAAUCCUUAUCCAAAACUGAACCAUUUAGCAUGGAGUCUGAUACCAAAACCAAGGAAAGGUAUUAAUGUCCAAACAGAACCGGGUUGGAUUUAUUGGCGACCAUCAUUCUAUGAUUACGAACGGCGAUUGAUGAUGGGACAAAAUCGAUUGAAACCUGCUUGGAAAAUACUAAAGAAAUUAAAGGAAAGCCGUGGAAUGGAAAGAAUAGUAAAUUAUCAUAUUAAAAAUUUGUGUUUGAUAGAACUUGAAAAAAACAAAGACAUUUGGAACACAAAAUCACUUGAACAUGUUUUCUUACAUUUAUUAAAAGUUUUCCAACUAUCUUUGCAAGUCAAGAAACUUCCAUUUUAUUGGCAAAUGGAUGAUAAUUUGUACAAAACAAUUAAAAAUGACAUUUUACAAGAUCAUUAUCAACACAUAACAAAGAUUAUUAAAAAGAUUGAACAGAAUCCUAAAUCCAUAUCGGAAUAUUUUCGUUUUUAUUAUUAAUUUUUAAGAAUGUUACUGACCCACAUAUGGUCUUAAUUGGCACCUAAGAGUUAAGAUUAUAAUUUUAAUAUAAAUAAUUGAUCCAUAAAUUGAUAUUUUGUUAAAUAUGUAAAUAAAAUCCGGAAUAAAAUACAUGUAGAGAAAGAAUGGCCACAAACCAGGUAAAUCGAGAAUUAUCAAAAAAACGAUUGACUAGACAUUAUUAUGAGAAUAAGAGAGGUAUCAAAAAAUCUUGGAAAUUAUAAAUCAAUAAAAUGGAUUAUUAUGUUUUUUGAAUUUUAAUUACCUUAGUCAAUCAUUUUUAUUCAAAUCACAACUUUACAUAUAAUUUAAUCGAUGUUAGCGAUGAUACCUGUUUUUUGAGAUUUUUCCGAUUUGUUAAAAA